AUGGCAGAGGCUCAAGGUGCAGAAAGGGGAAAUGCAGAGGAAAUAGCUCGGAAGCGGCCCAGACUACCUCAGGCUUUCCAGGACGAUGAGCAAAAGCUUCUUAAAAAUUAUGAAAACAUCGAGUCCAAGGCCAGAAAAAUUCUGAACCUGGUGCAUGAAAGGAUGAAAUUUGUGGAUCAACUGGGUGAUGCGCCCAGCCAGCUGACAUAUCUCAGAGACCGCCUGACCACGCUCCAGGAAAAGUCUACCUUCAGCGUCACCAGCAUCGGCCUCUUCGGCAGCACUGGCGCAGGGAAGAGCACGCUGCUGAACACCCUUUUGGGCAAGGAGUACUUUCUGCCGGUCUCAGGGACACAAACCUGCACCUCUUGCCAGGUCCGGGUCAGUGUGUGCAGGAGCAAAGACUACGAAGCGAAAAUUUUUCUUCUCUCAGAGCAGGAAUGGAAGGACGAGCUGGAGCAUCUCCUCGCAUUUUUGGAAGAACAUGAGGACGACGAAGAGGAUGAGAGCAACAAAGAUGUGGAGCUUGCCAUUUCCAAGCUGCGCACUGUUUAUGGGGAAGGAGCCGAGAGAAGAAGUUAUGAAGAGUUGCUGAGAGCCACCCCCAAGGUCAACAUCUCCUCCACAGGACUCAUCGCUUUUCAGAAAAGAAGUGCAGAGGAGCUCUCUAAGGAGCUGGAUCCUUAUAUCCGGAACCAGGACAAUGAUGAGGAGGACCAGAUGGGCAGUGGCAGCAGCAGCAUGAGAGAAGGGACACAAAAGAUGCAGCACUGGCCGCUGAUCAAGCAUGUAGAAGUGAUUUUCCCAAUGUCCGACCUGAUUCCUGAGGGCGUUGUCUUUGUGGAUAUUGCAGGGAUGGGAGAUUCCAACAAAGACAGGGACGAAAUGUGGAAAGAGUGUAUCCUGGAGUGCUCAUCCAUCUGGAUUAUAGCUGAUGUCGAACGUGUUUUUGGGGCCAAAACCCAAGAAAUUAUGCUACGAGAGGCAAUUAAAGCUUUCCAGGCUGGGAAGUGCUGUGAUAUCACCUUUGUGGUGACCAAGACGGACAACAUGAAUGUUGAGGAAUACUUAAGGAAAAGUCUUCCCAGCAGCGUAGAGGUGCUGCAGAAGCCCAACCUGGUUUACACAGUGAGUGCCAGAGAGUACUGGAGGAGUGAAAUGACUAAAACACUCAACAAAGAAGAAACAGAAAUCAACAUGCUCCGAGACCACGUCAGGAAGCUCCGCCUGAAUAUGAUGAAGAACCAGUUACAGAAUUACGUGCGUGAAAUCUAUACCAUUUUCUGCCUCCUUGAUAUUUACAGGAACGAGUCUGUUGAAGAGCGGGAUCAGUCCUUCUCACUGGGUGAAUAUGUGAAGCUAAAGAUCCAGCAGCUGGGGACACAGGCUGGGUACAUCUUUGAUAAGAUAGACUUGCACCUUGACAAGGGAGUUGGGUCUGCCAGAAAACUGUACAAGAAGAAUAUGGAGAAACUCUUCAACAAAGGUCAGAAAUCCCGCGGAUUCCACAGGACCCUGAAAGCCUUGUGCAGGAGGAAAGGGGAGCUCGUAUCCCGGGUCUUCGGCCGCCUGGACAUCAACGACGUACUGGCGCAAGCCGUCUACGAACACAUUGACGCACCUUUUGAGACCAUAUUCAGAAAACAGCAGCCCAUGAAUGAGAGCCUGCAGUUGGUCAUGGAUGAUUUCAGCACUGAGAUAAAAGAUAAAUUCAAGAGCUUUGAGAAUAAUACCGCUCUGAAGAACUUAAGACUCAAUUUUCUCCUGCAAGAGACGGACAACAUCAUGAAAGGCCUCGAAGGAAAAAUUCUUCUGAAAAAGAAGUCUAUCUACGAGUCCUAUGUGCUGGAGAUCAAAAGCCGCCUUUCGCCGCAUUAUGAAGAGGCAUCUAGGAUACGCGGGGAGCAGUCAAGCCAGAGGAUAAUAAAGAAACUUUAUGAGGCUGUUGACGAGCAGGUGGCCAACAACAUGUUUGAAAGGGCAAAGAAUAAGAUGAAGAGCCAGUUCCAGGAACUGAAGGAGGAGAUGACCAGUAAGCUGGAGAAGGACUUUUCCGACAUGUUCAGCCUUGCCUUUUGCCCGUGGAACAGAAUGUGCGAGAUGGUGCCAGUGUUCGCCCAAGAGCACCAAGAAAUUGAGAGUUUGUUCAGAAGUCUCUCAGAGCCGCACUGCCCCUAA